UUGCAGUUAACUGUGGAUCUUCUAUUGCUGCCGGAAACCAAAAGCGUUUAUAGCAACCGGACUGCAGUUGUGGGUUCUCACUAGUAACCCAGCAACAAAGUAAAAAAUGUCUAUAUCGUAAAAAUGAAUGGAAACGGGAAUUAGCUUUUUGGUCUUAAUUUAAGGUUAGGGUUAUGUAUAAGGUUAGCAGUGUGGUUAGGUUUAACAUCUGAUUUUAUGAAGAUCAAUUAUAGAAAUAGGCGGGGUUUAUCCAUAAUACUGACUUUGUGGCUGUGGUAACUUGCAGUUUGGGAGAGCUGAGCAAACAGCUAGCAAGGCAACUAAAAUGUCUUGAUUACAAAUAGUCGCUUUGUGAAAUAUAAUUAGACGACUUGUUACAUAGAUGAAACGCGUUGAUAUUUAGCUCCUCUUGUUGUGUCAACAUCAUGAUAGCUUUCGCUAGUUAUUGUUGAAUGAUUUGUGACAUUGUCUAACGAGCUAGCAAGCCCAGCUAGAUGCUAUAGUACUCUGGGGAGACGUGCUAGCUAAUAUUAGCUGAACGUGGAGGCCGGACAAUCCAUCGUUCUUUAGUUUAGAUAGCUAGCUAAAUGAGCGUUUUAAAUUAUUUCAACGAUUUGCUUGUUACUAUGGUACAGUUUUCAUUAUAACUUAUAUAUAUUUUGGGGCAGGGAAAAAACGUUAUUUAUUAUCUUUCAUCGCGCAGCAAUUCUAUUUUGUAUUAGUCCUGUUGCAGCCACUGAGGUAUAAUAAGGACGUUUGUAUCUGGAAGACGAGAGUCGCACAGUCAUGUAACUGUAAUGCAGUGUAUGCAGAAUUCCCGGGUGAUGAUGUCUUGCUACAGUUUGUACGCCAGACAUGUGAUAACUGUUUCCUUUACUGGGCGUUACAGAAAUUGAACGAAGACCGUAUCGCCAAAAGCAGGAGGUGUCUAACUGAUCCAGUGCCAGCCCCCCUGAAGUAACACCAGACUGCCUUGAAGUGUUAAGAAAACCCAGCAAGACACAGCCAUGUUGGAGGAGGACAUGGAAGUGGCCAUCAAGGUGGUGGUGGUGGGCAAUGGUGCGGUGGGGAAGUCCAGCAUGAUCCAGCGCUACUGCAAGGGCAUCUUCACCAAGGACUACAAGAAGACCAUCGGUGUGGACUUCCUGGAGAGGCAGAUACUAGUGAAUGAUGAAGAUGUGAGAUUGAUGUUGUGGGACACAGCAGGGCAGGAAGAGUUUGAUGCCAUCACCAAGGCCUACUACCGCGGUGCCCAGGCGUGUGUUCUGGUCUUCUCCACUACCGACAGGGAGUCGUUCGAGGCAGUCGGCAGCUGGUGGGAGAAGGUGGAGCUAGAAGUGGGAGACAUCCCCACUGUCCUAGUGCAGAACAAGAUUGACCUUCUGGAUGACACGAUGAUCAAAAAUGAGGAGGCAGAAGGUCUGGCCAAGAAGCUCAAGUUGAGGUUUUACAGAACCUCUGUAAAGGAGGACCUCAAUGUCAAUGAAGUUUUCAAAUACCUAGCAGAUAAGUAUCUGCAGCGACUCAAGCGGCAAACAGCAGAGGAGCCCGAGGCAGUGCAUACAGCAGGCAAUAAAAUUGGCGUUUUCAACACCACAAGUAGUAACCUAUCUAGUCAGAACUCCAGCAAUGGCCGUGAAAUCAUCAGCUUGAGGCCCAACAAACAGAGGACCAAGAAGAGCAAAAACCUCUUCAGUAGCUGCAGCCUUCUUUAGAAUCAAUCCAUUCCCUUCAAUACUGUAAGUUUUGACUGCCAUAUGUGAGGGAAAGAGUCUUGAUUGGUGAAUGAUUGUGUAUUACAGGGGUAGAUUCUUUCACAGACCAAAGUCUGCAUAGGAUACGGUAUGUUAUAUCAAUUUGAGCUCAACCUAGAUCUAAUCUGCACCUGCGCAUUGUGCCUAUCAUGACGUUGAGCAUCUUUCCAGAUCCAGUCCAGCCUUUGAUUCGCAUGGAUAGAUGUGAGAUCUAAAGCACCAGUAUGGUGAAAGUAACAAUAGUCCUCCUGGUGGCUGCAAUGGAUACCAAAACCUAUGUUGUAGCAUGAAUGGAAUUCUUGAAGCUUAUCUUUUGGGAAAUUGGGGUUGGGCGUUGCAGGGUUUUCCCCAUUUACACCCUUCAACAUGUUGUAGGGAAGGGUUACAUUCUAGUUCACUAACAAGACAUCUUUGUAUGUUCAUAUGUGAUUUUUACAGAUUACCAUUUGUGCAUUUGACUGUUCAUCUGUGCAAUAUGUUUAUUGUAAGAGAUAUACUGAUUAUUUUGUACCAUAUUUUGUUUAAAAUAUUAAUGGAAUAUGGUUCAAUCUAUGCUGUAUAUUGUGGAUAAAGACUUGGACAUAAUUGUUCAUUGUUUUCUGAAAGGUAUUUUUAUAUGAAUUUGAAGUGUUUAACAAAUGUUGGCAGAAAAUGAGUUGCCUAAAACUUAACAUAGUGCCAAAUAUUUUCUUAACUUCCUUUUAUUGUUGUAAGAAAUUUACAUUUUUUAAAGUGAGGUAGGAGUGAUUGGUAGUUGUAUGAGAAUACUGAAUUACAACAAAGACCAAUAGAAUGUGCUCUUAUAUUACCAAAUACGAUUUGAGAUUCGCACAAUAAGCUCUCUACUUGAGUCACAAAAUUAUAAAAUGUACUGAUCUUAUAGAAUGGAUGAGCCAGUGAAGAGUGUUUUGUUACACAGACAAUACCAAUCAAUAUAUCUCUCUUUAUCUUGUUAGCACACAGGUGUUUCAUAGGAUACUAGAAAUCACAAUUGUUUACAUGUUACAUAUUGCAGCAUUUAAAUCAUAUGCAGUUGAAGUUGGACGUUUACAUAUGAAGUUGGAGUCAUUAAAACUUGUUUUUCAACCACUCCACAAAUUUCUUGUUAACAAACUAUAGUUUUGGCAAGUGGGUUAGGACAUCUACUUUGCGCAUGACACAAGUACAUUUUCCAACAAUUGUUUACAGACAGAUUAUUUCACUUAUAAUUCACUGUAUCGCAAUUUCAGUGGGUCAGAAGUUUACAUACACUAAGUUGACUGUGCCUUUAAACAACUUGGAAAAUUCCAGAAAAUAUCAUGGCUUUAGAAGCUUCUGAUAGGCUAAUUGACAUCAUUUGAGUCAAUUGGAGAUGUACCUGUGGAUGUAUUUCAAGGCCUACCUUCAAACUCAGUGCCUCUUUGCUUGACAUCAUGGGAAAAUCAAAAGAAUUCAGCCAAGACCUCAGAAAAAAAAUUGUAGACCUCCACAAGUCUGGUUCAUCCUUGGGGGCAAAAUACAAAUGCCUGAAGGUACCAAGUUCAUCUGUACAAACAAUAGUAAGCAGGUAUAAACACCAAGAGGCCACGCAGCCGUCAUACCACUGAGGAAGGAGAUGCGUUCUGUCUCCUAGAGAUGAACGUACUUUGGUGCGAAAAGUUCAAAUCAAUCCCAGAACAACCGCAAAGGACCUUGUGAAGAUGCUGGAAGAAACGGGUACAAAAAUAUCUAUAUCCACAGUAAAACGAGUCCUAUAUCGACAUAACCUGAAAGGCUGCUCAGCAAGGAAGAAGCCACUGCUCCAAAGCCGCCAUAAAAAAGCCAGACUACGGUUUGCAACUGCACAUGGGGACAAAUAUUGUACUUUCAGAGAAAUGUCCUCUGGUCUGAUGAAACAAAAAUAGAACUGUUUGGCCAUAAUGACCAUUGUUAUGUUUGGAGGAAAAAGGGGGGUGCUUGCAAGCUGAAGAACCAUCCCAACAGUGAAGCACGGGGGUGGCAGCAUCAUGUUGUGGGGGUGCUUUGCUGCAGGAGGGACUGGUGCACUUCACAAAAUAGAUGACAUCAUGAGGAUGGAAAAUUAUGUGGAUAUAUUGAAGCAACAUCUCAAGACAUCAGUCGGGAAGUUAAAGCUUGGUCGCAAAUGGGUCUUCCAAAUGGACAAUGACCCCAGGCCAUUUUGCCACAACUUUGGAAGUAUGCUAAAGGACAACAAAGUCACGCUAUUGCAGUGGCCAUCACAAAGCCCUGACCUCAAUCCUAUAGAAAAGUUGUGGGCAGAACUGAAAAAGCGUGUUCGAGCAAGGAGGCCUACAAACCUGACUGGGUUACACCAGCUCUGUCAGGAGGAAUAGGCCAAAAUUCGCCCAACUUCUUGUGGGAAGCUUGUGCAAGGCUAGGCUACCCAAAACGUUUGACCGAAGUUAAACAGUUUAAAGGCAUUGCUACCAAAUACUAAUUGAGUGUAUGUAAAAUUCUGACCCACUGGGAAUGUGAUGAAAGAAAUAAAAGUUGAAAUAAAUCAUUCUCUCUAGUAUUAUUCUGACAUUUCACAUUCUUAAAAUAAAGUGGUGAUCCUAACUGACCUAAGACAGGGAAUUUUUACUAUGACUAAAUGUCAGGAAUUGUGAAACUGAGUAUUUUUGUUAAGGUGUAUGUAAACUUCCUACUUCAACUGUAUGUGCUUUAUUUGUUUCUACUGUGCUUCAAUUGUAACAUCUUUAAUGUGCUCAUAUUUGUGAGUCUAAUAUGUAUAUUUGUUACAUUUAUACUGAACAAAAAUAUAAACGCAACAUGCAAUAAUUUCAAUGAUUUUACUGAGUUACAGUUCGUAUAAGGAAAUCAUUAAAUUGAAGUAGUCAUUAGUCCCUAGUCUAUGGAUUUCACAUGCAGGGGCGUGGGCCUGGGAGGGCAGGCCCAGCCAAUCAGAAUUUGUUUUUCCCCUCAAAAGGGAUUUAUUACAGACAGAAAUACUCCUCAGUUUUAGCAGCUGUCCGUGUGGCUGGUCUCAGACGAUCCCGCAGGUGAAGAAGCUGGAUGUGGAGUUCCUGGGCUUGCGUGGUUACACAUGGUCUGCUGUUGUGAGGCCGGUUGGACGUACUGCUAAAUUAUCUAAAAUGAUGUUGGAGGUGGCUUAUGGUAGAGAAAUUAACAUUAAAUUCUCUGGCAACAGGUCUGUUGGACAUUCCUGCAGUCAGCAUGUCAAUUGCACCUACCCUCAACACUUAAGACCUUUGUGGCGUUGUUUAACAACUGCACAUUUUAGUGGCCUUUUAUUGUACUCAUCGCAAGAUGCACCUGUGUAAUGAUCAUGCUGUUUAAUGAGCUUCUUGAUGUACCACACCAGUCAGGUGGAUGGAUUGUCUUGGCAAAGGAGAAAUGUUCACUAACAGUGAUGUAAAGAAAUUUGAAAGAAGUAAGCUUUUUGUGCACAUUAACAAUUUCUGUGAUGUUUUAUGUCAGCUUAUGAAACAUGGGACCAACAGUUUUGACAUGUUGCAUUUUAUAUUUUUGUUCAGUAUAUAUUUGUUAGUUUCGGGAGAAAUGAACACUACAUAUUGUUUUACAGAAAUAUCAAAUUUCAUGUGUGAUUGAAAAGAGAUCUCAUAAUGAAUGGUCUCUUGAUAGAAUGUUCUUAACAUUAUGAACAGAACUACAGGAUAGCUUUGUAAUGGCUUCAUUUUCUCACCUAGUCAUCAUGCUUGGAUAUUCUGUACUGUUUCCACUCUGACCGCUAUGUUGGCUUUUCUGAGGCAAGACUAGUAAUUUCUGCUCUAAUUUCACUGUAGGACAGAAAUGAAAGUCUCAUUCUUUAUACUGUGCUCGUCAUUAUAACUUCUAGUUACCCAUUUAAUACUAUUCACAAAUCAAAAUGGCACCAUGGUUAUAAGUACAUUCUACUGUAUAUAGAAAAGAUACCCUAAUAUUUAGUCUGUGUUUUGGUAUCAGUAAAUGUGGAAUGAAAACUUGCAUGCUUGCCUUGUUUUUUGUUUUUUUCAAGUGAAUGAAUAUGGAACCACAGUUUAAUGCCACAAAGCCUUGUCCAUGUAUGUUUACAUUCUCAUUCAUUGUGUAUCUGUAAACAUAUUUUUGUUUAACUAGUUUGAUUUAAAGACUCCUGCUUAGUAAAUAUUGUAAAUCACACACCAUCCUUAACAGUUGCUGUUUGUAAAAAAAUUCCAUUUUGUUCAAAUGGACUAAAGGCACUUUAACAAUGAGAUGUUUUAAUGAUGUUUGUCUCCUGAAAAUACACAAUGUUUAUAUUGACCAUUUAAUGAAUUAAUAAUUAAAUCAGUUACCAUUCUUAUAAUAUAUGGUCAAGUGCUCUUUCACUCAGGUGUUGUGAGAAUCACUGUAAUCCAUUCUGAUGUUAUUCAAUUUUGCAGAUGGCUUACUGAUUUAUUACAUACUGCUUCCAUUAACUUUGUUUCUAGAUAACCUAGCCUGAGUGCCAGACUGUUUCUGCUCUUAUUCCAACUCCUUAUGGAAUUGCCAUGCCAAACAUUGUUUGUCAGCUUGACGUAGGCAAGAGCACAAUAUACCUGGGACCAGGCUAAAGACUUAACUAAAUGUUAUAUUUUGUCAGAAUUGUGUGACACCAAGUUGUAGUUAGUUUCUCACCUAGUUUGUUAAUUUAUAUUACUUUGAUUUAACAGUGUCUCAAGGUGUGCCACACAUGCAGUACUUGCACCUGCAGCUUUGUUGAAAAUCUGUUCGAUGGUGAUCUAGCAUAAAUAAAAUCUGUUUGAUGGUGGUCUAGCAUAAAUAAAAUCUCUAUUUUGAUUGUUUUCAACAUUUUCUGUAAUUUCCACUUUACACACUGCUGAUAGUAAAUCUUAAUGUACAGUUUUAUUGUAAAAUGUUAAAUGAAGCAUUAAAAAAAGUAUUAAAACGUA